UGUGUUGCCAGAGCAGGGUUGCAAUCAUGCAUGUGGAUACGGUCUUCCUGACAUGUCCUCUGAUUUUUGCAGCCUUGUGGAGGGGGGUCCAGGCUGUGUCUCCUGUUCCCUCAGUCCCCGACCGUGUCCAGGCUCUGGUGGGCUCCUGUGUGGUGAUUCCCUGCUCCUUCACUCCUCUAGCUCCUCGUCCUUUCAGAGGGAGGAAGGAGAGGGUGGACGUGAGGCUGAGGUUCAGAGGUGGUGGUCAUUUUUUCCCUCUUCGAAGCACCGCUUUUAACAGCGAGGACAGAGACCAAGUGAGCAGGGAUUUCCAAGGCCGGACAUCCCUCUUUGGUCGAAUCGCAGAUGGAGACUGCUCGGUGAAGAUUGAAAGGAUCAGACAGGAUGACCCGCAGGUGUUUGAAAUUGCUCUGAAGACAGGCGAUGACUUACUCUGGGGGAAACCAUCGAGCUUCAAUCUGGACGUUAUUGAAAGCCCUGAGGCUCCCGUCAUCAGUGGCAUGUUGUCAGCCACAGAGGGACAGCUGGUCACCCUGAACUGCUCCGUCAGCUAUCACUGCCCCUCCAGACCUCCUGCCCUGCAGUGGAGAUGGGAGCGGGGAGCCCAGAUGAACAACACCGAGCCUGAGGAAGCGCAGAUAAUCCGCCUGGAACCCCAACGGCUGACAUUAUUGGCCUCUCUGUCCUUUACUGUGUCCCAUCAGGUGAAGCCCAGGCUCAGGUGUGAGGUCAGCUACCCAGGAGCCAAAACAUUAGCCACUUCAAAGGAUCUGCACGUGACAUUUCCACCAAAGGAUGUGAAGGUUCAGGUCCAGACCUUGACAGUGCAGGAGGGGGGCAGUGCUUUGCUCGUGUGCUCAUGUAAAGCUGACCCUCCAGCUUCAGAGUACCGCUGGUCCUACAGUCAACAUGGCCACACUGUGCACCUCCACCAGCGAACGCACACAGUUCGGGUGUUCAACGUCACCAGAGAUAUGAGGGUCCGCUGCUCAGCUCAGAACCUGAUUGGUCGAGGAGAGUCCCGGCCCACGCCACUAAACAUACAAUAUAAGCCACUCAUCCUCCGGCUCUCCUCCACCUGUGUUGUGGAGGAUCUGGGGCUGCUGUGUAGCUGUUCGGUCGACUCCAACCCCAAACCUGCAGUCACCUGGAGCGUUAAUGGGACGGUUCCACCCCACGAUUACAAUCUGUCAGUGACAUCAGAGCCCAACAUGCUAACAGCUACUCUGAGGGGCCACAUGGACAAACCUCAGAGGGUGAUCUGCUUUGCUGUCAACGCACUGGGAAACGACUCCCUGGUUUUGCUGCAGGGAGAAGAAGAAGCAGCAAUUCUGUUGUGGUUGAUUGUACCUGCUGUGGCCAUCUGUUUGGCCGUACCCCUUCUGUCUCUGCUUGUCUACUGCUGCCGAAAGAGAGCUGGGAAACGUGUCCUGAGUAGACGUCCAGCUGUGUACCCUGGAGGACUGGGAAUUUACCAGGACAGGAUGCCUCUCUAUAUAAACUGCACAGAAGUGACUCAUAUUUACACCAACGGCAGCUACCAACUUGUAUACCAGAACUGCACGCCUCUCUUUGUCCACACUAAGCAGAUCCGUCCAAUGGGCAGAAGAGGUGGGGAGAGGAGAAGAGGGGGAGAGGGGGGAGGAAUGGACAGACGAGCUGGUUUGGGAGUCAGAGGAGUUCGAGAGGUGCAGGGUGCUACUGAUGCAGACACUGCCAUCUACCUGGAGAUCCUCUGAACUCUGAGUCACACUCUUACUAGACUCCAGAUUUAUUUUCAUGCCGGUGUUUAUCCAUAUGUUUAAGUAGCUUUCAGGCUAUUUUAUAUAGUGUACAUCUAUACAUGUAUGCCAUUUCACAACCAUGCACUCUUGUCUGUUGAAUAGUCAGUGGUGAUCUAUCUGUCUAAUAGUCUCCAUAUUGAACAAUUUCCCUCACCGAGUGUUGGUCUGUAACCUUUAUCCUUGCUCUUUUUAUAAAAGAUGAAAAGGUCACCACUGAGUUCAGAAGAACAGAUGCUCAAAUCUGAUGCAGUCUGACCAGUGGGCUCUUCCAGCUGCAUUUGUAACAGCAGCUACAGCACAAAGUGAUGCUCAGGCAAGGGCAAAGUUCCUCUGGAGGGAGAAACGCUCAUUAUAUCAUAUGAUGUGAUGGCUCUGUUCAAAAGUUUGUGUAAAUGAAGCCCCAUAAAGCCCUGGAAUUGUUACAACUAAUUAAAA